CGGCGCUAGUCAUCGAUGUUUUCCCAAUUUCCUCUCUGCGUUCAAACUCCGCGCCUCUCUUGCUCAAGAAACAUCGAUCUCGCGAGAUUUUGCGGAAACUUACAGAACCGGAAGCAGCCUGCAGAUCUCUUCCCUUCUGUGGCCAUCGCUGAAGCGCCGGCGGCCAAAAUGAAGUUCAAUCCCUUUGUGACUUCUGACCGAAGCAAGAAUCGAAAGAGGCAUUUCAAUGCGCCUUCCCACAUUCGCAGGAAAAUUAUGUCUUCUCCUCUUUCUAAAGAGCUAAGACAGAAGUACAACGUUCGAUCCAUGCCCAUCCGAAAGGAUGAUGAAGUUCAGGUUGUACGAGGGCACUACAAAGGGCAGCAAAUUGGCAAAGUAGUCCAGGUGUACAGGAAGAAAUACGUCAUCUACAUUGAACGAGUGCAGCGGGAGAAGGCUAACGGAACAACUGUCCAUGUGGGCAUUCACCCCAGCAAGGUGGUUAUCACCAGACUAAAACUGGACAAAGACCGCAAAAAGAUCCUCGAACGUAAAGCCAAAUCUCGCCAAGUAGGAAAGGAAAAGGGCAAAUAUAAGGAAGAAACAAUUGAGAAGAUGCAGGAAUAAAGUCAUCUUGUCUACAGCUUUCAUUAAAAACUGUUAAAAUGAACAGUC